CCUCGCCCCGCUCGCCGCCCCAGCGCCGGCCCCGGCCGUCGGCAGGAGGAGAUGCGAUGACAACGACCGCCCUGCAGAAAGCCAUUGAUUUGGUCACCAAAGCCACCGAGGAGGAUAAAGCAAAGAACUAUGAAGAGGCCCUGCGGCUGUACCAGCAUGCGGUGGAGUACUUCUUGCACGCCAUCAAGUACGAUGCGCACAGUGACAAGGCCAAGGAAAGCAUCCGGGCAAAGUGCGCCCAGUACCUGGACCGGGCCGAGAAGCUGAAGGACUAUUUGCGGAACAAGGACAAGCAGAGCAAGAAGCCCGUCAAAGAAGCCCAGAAUGACAGCAAAGGGAGCGACAGUGACAGUGAGGGUGACAACCCAGAGAGGAAGAAAUUGCAAGAGCAACUGAUGGGUGCCAUUGUGAUGGAGAAGCCCAACGUGCGGUGGAACGAUGUGGCUGGGCUGGAGGGAGCCAAGGAGGCGCUCAAGGAAGCCGUCAUUCUGCCCAUCAAAUUCCCCCACUUGUUCACAGGUAAGCGCACUCCCUGGCGAGGGAUCCUCCUCUUCGGCCCUCCUGGCACCGGGAAGUCCUACCUGGCCAAAGCCGUGGCCACCGAGGCCAGCAACUCCACCUUCUUCUCCAUCUCCUCUUCGGACUUGAUGUCGAAGUGGCUGGGGGAGAGUGAAAAGCUGGUGAAGAACCUCUUUGAGCUGGCCAGGCAGCAUAAGCCUUCCAUCAUCUUCAUCGACGAGGUGGACUCCUUGUGCGGCUCCCGCAACGAGAACGAGAGCGAGGCGGCCCGCAGGAUCAAGACGGAAUUCCUGGUGCAGAUGCAGGGCGUGGGCAAUGACAAUGACGGCACGCUGGUCUUGGGCGCCACGAACAUCCCCUGGGUGCUGGAUGCGGCCAUUCGGCGAAGGUUUGAGAAACGCAUUUACAUCCCUCUUCCCGAGGAGCCGGCCCGGGCCCAGAUGUUUAAGCUGCACCUGGGCAACACGCCCCACAGCCUGACGGAGGCCAACAUCCACGAGUUGGCCCAGAAGACGGACGGCUACUCGGGGGCCGACAUCAGCAUCAUUGUGCGCGAUGCCCUCAUGCAGCCGGUGCGCAAGGUGCAGUCCGCCACGCACUUCAAAAAGGUCCGGGGCCCAUCCCGCACGAGCCCCGGUGUGCUGGUCGAUGAUCUGCUGACCCCGUGUUCGCCGGGAGAUCCUGGGGCCGUGGAAAUGACGUGGAUGGAGGUGCCUGGGGACAAGCUCCUGGAGCCCGUGGUCUGCAUGUCGGACAUGCUGCGCUCGCUGGCCACCACCCGCCCCACCGUCAACUCAGAGGAUCUCCUGAAGGUGAAGAAGUUCACGGACGACUUUGGCCAAGAGGGUUAACGUGACGCCCGUGGGGAGCAGUGGUGAUGGGGGGGCAGCCGGGGGGGCCGUUGCCACAGCCCUGCGCACCAGAGGCCCUUUGCGCUGACAGGAGACUGUGCCAAGCGGAGGAUCACAGCCGGCUUCAUACUCUGCCUGUCUCCACUCGGGGAAUGGAGGAGGAGGAGGAGGAGGAGGAGGAGAUGGUGGAAGGACCCCUGUGGCUCUGCUGGACGACGGACACAGAGGGGACCCGGCCGGCCCAGCCUGGCUCUCCCCAUCAGGACAUGCCUGCCUUCACGGUUGCUCUUUUUCUUUUUCAAUUACUGCUGCUUCGUUUUGUGUUUAUACAAAUAAAACAGUCCGCCCCCGCCCCCGGCCCUUUUCCUGAGGCCCCGCCCUGCCUGCGUGGAACCGAGGGGCCGUGCUCGCUGCCUGCCGCCCCAAAGGAACGGCUGGACUGGCUCCCCCCAAGCCGUCGCUCGCUUGGGGACGCCUGGGGGGCUGCUACAACGCCAGGCUUGAGCUGAACUUUGAAGAGAAGACCCCCCUCCCCUUCGCUCUCCGUCAGGGAGGGAAGCCCUCCGGACCCCCAGCAAGGCUUUGCAGAUGCUCAGGUCCCUAACCUUCCGCCGCUGAGGCCCUGGAGCAGCCACUGUUGCCCAGAGAACCAGGCCAAGCGCUGGCCUCGGGCCUGGCCUCGUUGCCCCCCUUCCACGUGCCCUGGCCGUGUGCGCGUGUUGCAGGAGCUUAGACAGGGGGGGCAGCUGCUGCUGCUGCUGCUUCAAGCCCCUUGGCCGCCAUCUCUUCAGUGCUGCCGCAGCUCCUCCCACACCAAGAUGGGUUCCUGCAGAGUGACGCAUCUGAGCGCUGGUGCAUGGAGCUGGUCGGGGCUGAGGGAGACAUGCGCACGAUCCCGAGGCGGGGGGGCGGGGUAGGAGGAUCUGUCCACCCUCCCCAUGGCUCCCACACCUCGGCACGCUUGGCUUGUUGGCGCCUCCCUUCUGCAAACGCCUCGUUUCAAAACCCACGCCAGGGCCAGGAGGGGAGUGGGAGGGCCUCUCCCUUUGGAUCCCAUCAGCCUCGCUGGAUGGCUGUUUGCACCACGAAGGAGCCGGGCUGGGGCUGCUCACACAACCACCUCAGCAGGGAGGGGGGGGUUUGCUUCUCGGGAGAGAAAGUGCGGACUUGUAACUUUGCACCAAAGCCAUCCCUCUCUCUCUCUCUCUCUCUCUCUCUGGCCCGGGAGCGGCUCGCCUGCCCUUCAGUCUUGUCUUGGUACUACUGAGGGAAGCUGGCUCGGGAGCGCCUGGUGUUUGGCCUCCGGGCACCUUGUGGCCACCUCUGAGAACCUCUAGCUGUCAAUGGGUGGGGCGGGGGGCGAUUGCCAGCUCAGCUGCCCACCCUUUCUGAUCACGUGUAGAUAAUUUUGAGUUGAUUCCUGUGUGGGGAAGGAGACAAUAUGUGGAAAAAUAAAGUGUUGGAAAAGAGGGUUUGAAA